AUGGGCGACGGUAAUCACUUACCAUCCAGGGUACAGUUACCGAAUGUAGCCAUUACAGAUAAAGAUUUUCUAAAUAUUGACAUGGAACAAAACCUUAACCCAGUCCCAUUCAUAAGAUACCUCUUUAAAUCGGAAAGUGCAAGAACAGCAUUAAGACCUGAUGCUGUAUCAGCCAUAAAACGUCGCUGUAUUAAAUUUCAUGUGAAACUAGCAACGGAAAUUCAACAAAGAUUGCCUACUAAUUAUAGUGUGCUGGAGUUGAUGUCUAGAUUAUCCCCAGAGACGAUUCUUUGCCAAGCCAUUGGGAAAAAUAUAAAGUACUCAUACAAAAACGAUCCUCAACCAACAACACCUUCAGCAUCGGCGUCGACGUCAACGAUAGUACAGUCGGCGUCUGUGGAUGAUGAUGAAGUUAUACCAUUUGAUAAUUUUGAAUUUUAA